GAGUAAGCAAUCGACGAAAGUUUCCUGUUUUGGAAGAACAAAAGGAGACAGAGAAAGGUUUUGUCUUUGGCAUCUAUGUUUGGGGGUGUCUUGUCUAUGCCUGUGAAUAAUCCUCACUUGCGCAAAUCUGGAAGUAGACACAUCGUCACUAAUCUUGGAGAUAAUGACUUGAAGACCGCAAGUAUGCUUCUGAGUACAUAUGCCAAAUUGCAAACUCCUAUAUUCCUUCGAAGUCUCAAGGUUGCUCUGUAUAUUGGUGGUCUUUAUGUUUGUGGAAAGAUUGGAUUGGAAUCUGUAAUGAAAAUGGGAGUAGACACAAGAGAACUGUUCUUCUAUGAGACAUUUCUGUAUUAUAACCCUCUCCUUCUCAUUACACUGAUGGUCUGGCUCUGGGGUGUUAAUUUGUGGGUUUUUUCUCGGUCUGGAGUUGAUUAUGCAGCUAUCUUUUAUCUAGGACCAGAUCAUCUUAGUCACAAAGAGAUAUGGAAGUGUGCCAGGUGGAUGACAAUAAUUAUAUUGACUAGCAUGACUGCCUAUCUGUAUCUAUACUCGCACGGAGAUGUAAAAUUGGCUGCAUCUCAACCAGUGGUUUUGUAUUUCUCAGCUGUUAUUAUUCUGAUAAUCCCUUUCAAUAUCUUCUACAUGCCGUCUCGCUACUAUUUGCUUUGGACUUUUUGGCGAAUACUCUUCCCGUUGCAGGCAGUGACUUUUUCGGACUUCUUUCUAGCUGAUAUCCUGACUUCAAUGUCAAAGGUUUUAUCGGAUUUAGAACGUUCAGUAUGUCGUAUGGUCCAUCGACAGGUGGCUACUGUUGCAUGGUUUGAAGCUGAUUCAGUUUGCGGGAGUCAUUCUGCUGCAAUUCCCUUGGUUCUUGUUCUACCUUAUCUUUUCCGGCUGUUCCAAUGCAUUCGUCAGUAUAAAGAUAGCAAGGACAUUGCAAACAUCUACAAUGCUGGGAAAUAUUUAACGGCGGUGCCUGUCAUCUUUCUUUCAGCCCUCAAGUAUUAUAUCGAUCCAGAUACAUGGACGUACUCCAUUCAGCCGGCAUGGAUCCUCGCUGGUCUAGCUAACACUUUCUUCUCCUUCUUUUGGGAUAUAUUACGCGAUUGGGAUCUAAGUGUCUUCACUCGGAUUUUCAAAUUCAGCAGACCAAAUCUUUUCUCCCAUCUACUAUAUGGACGCCGUUGGGUAUAUGUUUGGGUAAUCGGAAGCAAUCUGGUACUAAGGUGGACAUGGACGUAUAAGUUAUCUGCUCAUCUCCGUAACAACUACAUCACGGUCUUCAUCAUCACUGCCUUGGAGAUUUACAGGCGAUUCCAAUGGGCGUUUUUCCGUAUAGAGAACGUGUGGUACAAAAUCAACAAUCCCAAGCAUACUUCUCAUCAAUCUAAUCCUCUUUCACUCCAAAACGAUAUCAACAGCGAACAGGAGAAAUUACUCGCGCAUAGUCACAGCCCCGGUGUAUAAAAAUCUCAAUGUUCUUGUUGUUUUGUGCUAAGUUCUGUAAAGUUUUGAAUAACAACACAUACAAAGU